AUGUCGGCAGCAGAAAGGCACGCCAUGUGUGAGGCUGAGAAAAUAAAAGGCAAUGAGAGCUUCGCCUCGGGAGACUUGGAUGAAGCAGAGUUGCAUUAUACGAGGGCCCUCCGUCUCCGCUCGGAUGUAUCAGUACUAUGGUCCAAUAGAGCCUUGGUGCGGCUAAAGCUUCGCCGCCCUCGAGAAGGGCUAGAGGAUGCUCAGAGACCCAUCGCGUUGGAUCCUAAGGAUGUGAAG